AGAAUUUCUAGAUCAGGCUGCAGAAACCCACAGAGUCUGAAGAAAGAGCAUCCAAACACUUACCAGGACCACAAGCAGUUGUACACCAUGACCGAACAGGUGAUUGGAGCCAACAGUGUACCUGGCAUUAUUGCCCCAGGUAAUGUUCACGUCAUCCAGCCCAGCUACCUUGUGGCCUCUGGAAGUCAUCUGCAGCCUUCAGAGGUGACCACUUACCCAAUUUCACCAAAAGUAAUCCAGUGUGAUACAGCAAGAGCAAACUUACAGAAUCUACUCAUGGUGAACCAGAACUCAGCAGCAGGUGUACAGAGUCAACCCAUUGGGUAUCAGCGACAGUAUCCGGUGGGAACAGCCAGUUUGCAGACUGUGCCUGGAGUGAUCCAAUACACACAGGGAAUGACAAAUCUCCAGAUACAGCCUGGAGACCUUCAGAAUCCUCUGAAUGCUAACCUUGGGCUGUCACACACCUCAAACUCAUCCCAGUGGAACACGUCAUUUGCAUCAUUUACUUCAUUUAAUCCCAAGAAAUUCAUAAAUGAGGAGGUCAGAACAUUAGGGGCCAUCCAGAUCCUCAUCGGCCUGACGCACAUGUUCUCUGCAAUUAACCCUGUGCUGUAUCACUAUUCUUCUGUGACCUGGUUGUCAGGGUACCCACUCUGGGGAGGAUUAUCCUAUAUUGUAUCUGGAUCCCUCUCAGUAUGGGCUGCAAAGGACCCCAGUCCUUGUGUGGUGAACAGCAGCAUCAGCUUGAACAUCAUCAGCGCACUCUUUGCCUUUGCCGGGAUCUUCGUUAUCAUUACAGAUCUGAUCCUUUACUAUGUGACGACAUAUACAAAGGCAGUUUCUGGCAGUCUUCUCCCCUUUGCCUUCCUGGAGGUCAUCCUCACUUGUGUGGUCUCACAUUUUGGGUGCCAGGCUACCUGCUGCAGACAAUUUGAGAAUGUGACAGUGAUUCCAACCGUAUCCAGUUUCGACCCAGCCAAUACCACCACCAGCCCUGUCAAUGCUACCACUGGUCCUGUCAAUGCUACCACUGGCCCUUUCAGUGCUACCAAUGGUCCUGUCAAUGCUACCAUUCACCCUGUCAACACCACCACCAGCCCUGUCAAUGUUACCACUGGUCCUGUCAAUGCUAACCUUGGCCCUGUCAAUGUGACAACUGGCCCCCUUAACACUACCACUGCCUGUGCCAAAACUACCACCAGCUCUGUCAAUGCUAUCCACACCAACAGUGUACCCCCGAACCCUCAUACCAAGAAAUAGCUGAUUUGCACAGAGAUAGAUGACAUGGGAUGCCUGUCUCAAUGACAAGGGGAUACACUGCAGCAGUAUCUUUCUUUCUCCCUGAAACUUCCAUGACCAUAACUCUAGCCUUGUUGCCAGACUGAAAUGAACAAGCAUUUCCUCUCCUCUUCACUCCUAAGCUUCAUUUUUGUUUGUUAUUGAUGUCUUUUUUUUCAUUCAUAAAUAAUUUUCCUUUGGCUGUCAGUAUCUUUUAACCUUGGCAAAGUGCAGGGUGCAUUUUGUUUCCAUGGUUCCUGAUGUAUGCUCACUGUUGAAAAACGGGUUCUAAAUUGGUGCCUCAGCCAUGGAAUUCUUGUAGGUCCAACUUCUUCCCAGUCCCCAGCUCUAACUCUGACAUGGUUCUCCCCAACAGAGGACGGGGAGCAAUGUGGAGUGUGUUCAGUAUUCCCAGGUGUAGGAGGAGGAAAAUCUUUGUGACCUAGAGUUAGGUGAAGAGUUUUUAAACAAGACACCAAAAAUACAAUUCACAAAAGGAAAAAAAUCAAUAAGUUGGAUUUAGAAUUAAAAACAGUUGCUCUGUGAAAGAUCUUGCUAAGAUAAACAGUCACAGGCUGGAAGAAAAUAUUUGCAAAUCAUAUAUCUGACAAAGGACAUGUUUCCACAAUAUAUAAAGAACUCUCUAAACUCAACAAUAUAAAAAAAUCUAAUCACAAAAUGGACAAAAGGCUUGAACAGAGGCUCUAACAAAGAGAAUAUAGGGUUGCAAAUAAGCGUAUGGAAAGAUGUUCAAUGUUAUUAGCCGUUAAGUACAAUGAAAUAACACUACACACCUAUUAGAAUGGCUAAAAUUAAAAAUACUGAUAAUACCAAGUGCUGGUGAAAACAGAGCAACUGGAGGUCUCAGAUGUUGUUAGGAUGUAAAUGGCACUGCUACUCUGGAAAACAACUUGGCUGAUUAUUAUAAAGCAAAGUAUGCACUUACCAUAUGACUCAGCAAUCUUGCUCCUGGGUAUUUAUCCUAGAGAAAAUAAAACUUACUUCCACACAAAA